CCGGAACGGGCGUGGCGGCCGCCCACUUUUCUCUGAUUGGUAGCAGAGCGCGGGGCGGUGCCGUAAAUAGUCGAAUGGACGCGCGCGAGUUUUUUUUUUCUCCGCCCCCCUUUUUUUCUUUCGGGAAUUUUUCCUGUAGUGGCGCGAAAAGGAAGCGAUGAUGGGGCCGGGGAUUAUGGAUGCUGUGGUGGCCGACCUCAAGGUCUUCGGGCUGGAUUUCGCGGAGGGGGAAGACCAGGACGCCAUUGCCGAGAAAUUAGAAGAAAUCUGCAUGACGGGAUGGGUAUCGAAGUCGGAGUUAGGAAACGAGCUGGUCGCUUUUGCUAUGCGCAAGGAAGCCCUUCUGUUGACUCUGGAAAACGUACUUACCUUCGAACAUGAGCUGCUGAGCAGGAAGAUAACAAAGCCCUCCAGAAAAAAGGAUGGUCGCUGGUCCAACACGGGGGAUAUCGGCUCCGUUCAAGACUCCAUGGAGGUUGACGAGGAGGAAGAGGACUUGCUGGAUACCUACGCAUCACCUUCAAAGUCUGCUCAGAAACGGGUCAUCACCACCCCAGAGAAUCCCCGUUCCAAGCGGACCCUCUCCGGCCGCAGUCCCCGGCUCAACUUCUCGCCCAACAGCUUCUCGCCCAGUGCGACCCCUUCUCAAAAAUACGCCACCCGGAAGAACCGAGGGGAAGUCGUGGCCUCUUUUGGAUCGGCACCAGGUGCGGGACGCGCCAGAUCUGCCGCUUCAGUUCAGGUGUACAACGCCUCCCAUUCGCUCACCAAACCGUACAAAUUCAUGUUCCAGGACCUGAUGGAGACCCGUGAUGGCAGUUCUUGA